UAUAUUCAUGUGUUAUGCAAAAAAAUUUCAUGUGCCCUCACUCAAGUGGCCUACUAUGGCAACUCCCUCAUUGCGACUCCUAAAUUCUUUUUAAAUAUUUACAUAUAUAUUUAUAUAUUGUACUCAAAUUGCACAAUUUUUUUUUAUUGUGAAAUGGUUGCAUGGUAGCUGAUUUGGAUGGUAGAUAUGAUGGAUGUCAAUAGUGGAUACGUUUUGAGUAUUAUAGCUGACGCUGAGGUGUUAUUUGCAAAUAAAUCUCUUGGGUGAACCUGUAACCGCCAUUUCUUGGUGAGGUAACCGAGUGAGUUCUUAUCCUUCAUUUCGCCACUAUUAAUAGUGGGCGAUGGAGAAAGAGAGGGCAAAGAAGCACUCGGAGCUCAGAGAGAGAGAGAGAGAGAUGUCGUUCUCUUCCUCAUCGGCAGCCAAGGCCACCUGCAGCGACCCGAUCGCUUUCGAGAUCCUCUCCAGGCUGCCGGCGAAGUCCGUCAUGCGAUUCAAGAGCGUCUGCAAGCAGUGGCUCGCCCUGGCCUCCGAUCCCUUCUUCCUCGCCGCCCACACCCGGUGCAACCCCCCCACCUUUUCCGGCUUCCUCGUCCAAGACGCCGUGAAGGGCCCACUAACCUCCUUCUCCGCCGCCGGCGGCGCCUCGCCCGCCCUCCCCGACCCCUCACUCUCCUCCCUCAACCGCCGCUUCGCCGCCAGCGACGACAUCUUGGUCUGGCAGUCCUGCAACGGCCUGCUCCUCUGCAGAACCCGCUCGCCGUGGCCGCCGGGCCUCUUGAUCCUCAAUCCCACCACCAUGCAGUACAGGGAAAUCCCCGACCCCCCUACCGGCCUUUAUCCAUUCAAAUACCAGUUCAUGCUUGCUUUCGAUCCUUCAACAUCCUUCCAGUAUCGAAUUGCCUGCUUCAGCUGCAACAUCACGCCCACUGCGUUCGAUCCCACAGCUUCUCAGCUUCACGUCGAGAUAUACUCGUCGGAUACCGGUGCAUGGGAGCUCUCGAGGUCGGGGGAGACUCUGCCCGGCUGCACACCUCUGCAUAAAGGUGUUUACUGGAAUGGCGCACUGAACUGGAUCUCUCAAAAUGAUCUCUUUAUCUCCUUUGAUCUUGAGCAGCAGGUGGUGAGGACCACCCCGAUGCCGCCAUGGCAUCACCACAAACCGAUCCUUUACUUUGGAGAGUCUCGUGGCCACCUGUACACGAUUGGGAUUGCAGCGGACAUUGGUUGCUGUGAUUUUGACUGGCUGCAUUUCCAUGUUUUUGAGAUGGGAAAAGACGAUCUGAGCUGGUCUUUGAUAUACAAUGUCGAUCUCAAUGGAGUGAGGGAUCCUGGCAUUAUUAGCACGCCCCCGGAUGAGAAUCUUCUUAGGAUAUUACCUGACAGCGGCUUCUUUGCAUUUCCUGUCUUUUUUGCUCGAGGAGGAGAGGGGGAAGAUGACAAGCUGUAUUUGAGCAAUUCCGAUAAGAUUGUAUGUUAUAACCUUGCAGACAGGACCAGCCGCAAAAUUUUUGCCCUGAAUUCAUGCAUCAGAAUGAAUCUGCCUGCUUCACACGUGAUAAUCCAGUUCUUCCCAUUUGCUCACAGUUUCUUCUCUCCAUGAUCUCCAUCAGUUUGGUUUGUUAAUGCUCAGAUAUAGAUACAUUUGAUGGUGUCCUGGAUUGUCGACUUUAUACAUUUUGGAUACUUGUGUUGAGGAACCUACUUACACUUUGGUUUACAAGUUGACUCGAUAGACCUAUCUCCUUUUUUUCGCCUUCUGUUUUCUUUGUUGUAAGUUUCAACUGCUAUCUCAUGGAGGAGUUAGAUGAUUGGCAUUCUGAGCCAGUUACAUGGAAUUUCUGGUGUCUGCUAUCUUGCUCAAAGUUUGUCCUUUCUGUUUCAAAAGUUGAUGUGCACCUGGCUUUCGCUCGAUGAAAUGGCUCUGAUUAGCGUUCCUCGCAUGAUUUGGUUUCUUGUUUGCUGGUCCAUAUCAUGAUUCAUAAUUCAUGUUUACCGAGAUUUUAUUGUAUGUUAGUUGUGUUGAUAGAACUAAUCAUGGAAAAAUCACAAGACAAAAAAAUGAAGUGUGAAAAAAGCUACUAGAACUUGACUUUGCAGAUGAUGAGACAGUUCAUCAUUUAUUGUACUUCAUUUUUCAAGGAUGGAGUUUGCCUGAA